GAAGUCCUAAAAAGACUUCAUUCGCUAUUAUUUACGAAUUUCCUCUUACGUGACAUUUGUCAAAGAGCACAAAUAAAAACAAUUUUAGAAAUUUAUAAAUCAUGAUGAAAAAAGAACCGCCAUUAAAAAAUCUGGCUACUAAUGCUACGUCUAAUGAUUCAGAACACCUACUCAACACUGCAAAUGUAAAUAACGGCAAUAAUAAUAGUAAUAAUUACAGUCAAAAUAUUGGUUAUAAUAGUACGAUUAGUGCACUAGUACGUGGUAUACACGAGACAGGAAUACAUGAUCUGCACACAUUACAUUUGCCACUGAUGACGAAUACCGAUGAUGCAACAAAUGUUGAAAACACAGUCACAAAUUCCAAUGAUCCAGUUGCCAUACAUACACCACAACGUCAACAAUUUCCGCUUACAAAUAGAGUAUCUUCAUAUUCUACGCCAAAUUCUGUUCUAUCUACACCACGUAGUAAAUUUUCAAUAUCACCACAACCAUCCGCAACAUCCUUAACAAUACCACGUUUCAUUAUAAAUAUCGAACCACCUGAAACGCCAAAUGCUGAAGAUGAUUGCAACAAGACUAUUACUGGCUCCGAAGUGCCGCAUAGUCCAGGACGUCGUUUCAGCCAAUUAAAUUUUGCCUUAAGACGUUUUUCACACGCACAUUCUUCAGGGAACCUCAAUCGGUACGGAGAUUCUAUGGGUUCAUUAGGACAUCGAGCGCUGCUCCAAUAUGUUGAUUCUAACGAUAUAUCAGCUUUGCGUGCUAUUCUAGAUAGUCGUCAUGUACCCGUAGAUGAUCGGGAUGAGAAUGGUACCACAGUUCUUAUGGUUGUUGCUGGUCGCGGUCUAACUGCCUUUGUGCGUGAAUUUUUAGCACGUGGGGCUGAGGUGCAAGCUGAAGAUAAUGACAACUGGACUGCAUUGCUUUGUGCUGCCAAAGGUGGUCAUUUAGAUAUAGUGCAAUUACUUGUGGAUCAUGGCGCUGAUAUUGAACAUCGUGAAAUGGGUGGGUGGACAGCGCUUAUGUGGGCCUCUUAUCGUGGUCAUACAGAAUUAGUACGAUUUUUAUUGGAAAAAGGUGCUGACGUUAAUUCGCAUGGUAAUUAUCAUUUGGGUCCAUUAUUAUGGGCAGCUGGUCGUGGUUUUAAAGAAAUUGUGGAACUAUUAGUUCAACGAGGUGCUAAAAUAAAUGUUGGUGAUAAAUAUGGUACUACAGCAUUGGUCUGGGCUUGUCGUAAGGGUAAUGUCGAAAUUGUGGAUACGCUACUUAAGGCUGGUGCUAAUGUGGAUACGGCCGGUAUGUAUUCUUGGACACCUUUACUGGUAGCUACUACUGGUGGUCAUACGGAUUGUGUUACGUCUUUAUUGGAAAAGAGACCUAAUGUAAAUGCAUUAGAUAAAGAUGGUAUGACAGCAUUAUCGAUUGCAAGUCGAGAAGGUUUUCAGGAAAUAGCAGCUGCUCUUAUUGCUGCUGGUGCUUACAUUAAUAUACAAGAUCGCGCAGGAGAUACUCCAUUGAUUCAUGCAGUGAAAGGGGGCCAUCGUGGUCUUGUGGAAGCAUUACUAAAGAAACAUGCAGACGUGGAUAUUCAGGGCAAAGAUCGUAAAACUGCUAUGUAUACGGCUGUGGAAAAAGGACAUUCUCAUAUUGUUAAAAUAUUAUUACCCACCAAUCCGGAUCUCGAAGCUUCGACCAAAGAUGGGGAUACUGCUUUAUUAAGAGCGGUUCGUAAUCGCAACUUAGAUAAUGUACAAAUGUUGCUCGAUCGUAAAGCCAAAGUGACCGCAAGUGAUAAACGUGGCGACACUUGUCUACAUAUAGCUAUGCGUGCACGUUCAAAAGCCAUUGUGGAGGCUCUGUUACGAAAUCCCAAAAAUAGUCAGUUACUUUAUCGUGCAAAUAAAAGUGGUGAAACUCCUUAUGGUAUUGACACAAAUCAUCAAAAGACAAUUUUGGGUCAAGUAUUUGGAGCUAGAAGACUUAACACAAAUGAAGACUCAGAGGGUAUGCUCGGCUAUGAAUUGUAUUCAUCUGCAUUGGCUGAUGUCCUUAGUGAACCUACGCUUACAACACCUAUUACUGUUGGCUUAUAUGCGAAGUGGGGUAGCGGUAAAAGUUUCUUACUUAGUAAAUUGCGUGAGGAAAUGAAUAAUUUCGCCCGACAGUGGGCAGAACCACCAAUCAGAACAAGCGGUCUACUUUUUUUGGUUUGUUUGCAUAUUGCUUUGAUACUUGCUACUAUAGUUGGACUCUCCGUACAAUCAGUAAUGUGGGGUAGUAUAGCUGGUGUAAUAUUUCUGGUACUGACAUACUUGGUACUUGCUGGAAUUAGAUAUGCAAAUUAUGAGAUGGAUUUAUAUUGGGCAUAUUCCGUUCACCAUGGUAUCGAAAAACGCCUAGGACGACUACGUUUAAUACUGCAAGUUGCUUUCUGUCAUCCACCAGGCCCUCAAGCUGAACCUCAAGCUAAACCAGUACGCUUUCAUUUUGCUGAAGCAGGUAGUGCAUCGCCUACUGGUGAAGGAUCAGUUGCACAAAUGUUGACUUCACUUUUCGAAACUCUCGAAUUUCAUUAUGGUUGGCUUUCAACACGUUUAUAUCGCGCAUUUCGACCUAAAGUACUCAAAUCGUCUGCAGGUUGGCGUUGGAGACGCAUGUGUUGUGUACCAAUCGUAAUUAUAUUUGAACUGGGCUUGUUGACAUUAAUAGCUGGCAUAUCGUUAGUUACGGCUUAUUUUACGUUUGCGACCGCAGAUGAACAGCAACAUAUUCUUGUCUCGAUAUAUGUCAUUUGUGCGGUAUUAGUUACAAUAAUCUGUACAAACUUGCACGUCUUGGCAAAAGCGUUUGGCUCACUAUUUGUAUCUCAAGGGCGGCAUCUCAAACAAGCAGUACGUGGCAAUGAAGGUGCACCACUUACUGCUUUAGGUGCAGAAGUAGCGUUGAUGACAGAUAUGGUUAAGUGCCUAGACGCUUUUACAAAUCAACAAAGUCGUUUGGUUGGCGUUGUUGAUGCUCUGGAUUCCUGUGAUACUGAGCGUAUAUUGAGUAUGCUUAAUGCUAUUCAAACAUUGCUUUCAUCUCCAAAUCGACCGUUUGUGCUACUCAUUGCCGUCGAUCCCCAUGUGAUUGCCAAAGCUGCCGAAGCAAAUAGUCGUCGUUUAUUUACGGAAGGUGGUAUUGGUGGUCAUGAUUUUCUGCGGAAUCUUGUGCAUUUGCCUGUUUAUUUACAAAACUCUGGUUUACGUAAAGUACAGCGAGCACAAAUGACAGCUUUGCUUUUUAAAAGAAACUAUAGUGAAUUUCCGAAUGAAGAUGGUCCUACGCUAGGUCAUUCUGUUUCCGCACGUCGCCUUUCAAAUGCAUCGGAGAUAAUGUCCAGCCAAGAGAAGUUGCGUACACCACAUAAUGCUGCUCGAACUGCUGGAAAAAAAUUGCGGUUAUCUGAAUCAGUAGCUAGUUCAAUUGGCUCAAAUUUACAUCGGUUAGGUCAAAAUCCACAAGGUGUGUUAGACUUAUCGAAAAUAAUGCUGACAGAUGAUUACUUUAGUGAUGUCAAUCCAAGAAGUAUAAGACGUUUAAUGAAUGUAAUUUAUAUAACAGUGCGUUUACUCAAAGCAUUCCAAAUUGACUUUAGUUGGUAUCGUUUAAGUUCGUGGAUAAAUUUGACGGAACAGUGGCCACUAAGAGCCAGUAUGAUUGUUUUGCAACAUGAUCAAAGUAUGGACUCAUAUGAUGAUAACAUGUCCCUGCAAAGUGUAUAUGAAAAGGUACGCAUAAAAAUUGCUUGUUUGCGUGAAGCUGCACCUCUACUUGAACUGGAUAGAGAUGAACGCAAAUUAGAUGCCUUUUUGCAAUUGCAUAAGUCUGAUCUGCUCGUAGCUGAUUUACGUAUAUUUCUUCCAUUUACAAUUAAUUUAGAUCCAUACUUAAGAAAAGUAUUAAAAGAGGAUCAACAAAAUAUUGAAGACGAGGGUCCUAUUAUGAUACAAACAAAGCCUAAUUUGCUACCACCGGUACGCAUUCCAACAACACCUUCUACGUAUAUGACUUCACCAGCUGGUUAUCCGCCUUAUCACAUGUUUUCUAAUGAUUACACUUUUAAUGAACUAAGACAACGAAGCAUAGGUGCAAGUUUGGAACCACAAACCACACCUUUACUGAGUUCGCCAAAUGAAUCAUUUUCUGAGGAUAUACUACAAACAAGGCUUUCCGAUUUAACAGUUGAGGGUGUUAUUAGUUUGGUGGAACGUGUUGAAGACUUAAGACCUGCUUUAUUAAAAUUGGCACCAAUAUUAAAAGAGAAUUCUAUCACAGGUCGUGUGUUGAAAUACUGCGAUCUUAGUGAACUCAAAACUGUGCUUGGACUGAGUUUUGGUCAUUGGGAGUUGUUCCGUUUACUUGUUACCACUUUACGAGAUUGUGAAAAAGUGCAACGCAAAUUUAAGCCCACUCCAGCUAUUGCAGAUGUUCCAGCAAAUCCUAUAAUAAACAAAGACAGUACAGAUUCUCAUAAUUUAAUACCGAAUACGCAGCAUUCGCGUAAAAAUUCAACAAGUCACAUGGAAAAACAGCCAAAAGUUCAUGAUUACGAAUAUUUACAGGUUACUCUGGAAGAACAAAUGAUUUGUGGUGCAUUACAAACACUAAACGAAGAAGCUUUUGAGGAUGUUGCUAGCAGCGAACGCCCCAGUCCAUCAGGCAUGCCUACAGGUGAGAUGCUAGCUGCAGCUGCACAACUACAUUUAGCACCAAUACGCGAAUCGUCGGAAUUCGGUUCUCCAUCCGAUGAACAAAAAACUAAUAAUAUACUACAAUAUGCUUCAAACAACAAUUACAACAAUAUCAAUACACAAAAACACCUAAAUACAGACUACAAUCGCAGCGCUAGUACAAACUCAUUGCAAAGUCUAACGGGGGGAUUGUAUUUAAGUAAUGCUGACAGUGAACUAUAUGGUAACUCGAAUGUAUUAUCAUCCACCUUAAAUCCAACAACGUUGGUAACAUCAUCACCCGAACCAAUGCGACGCGAUUCUAUAUUGAAACCACAAGGCAGUAUGAAGACGAGCGAUAAACGUGUAUCGAUCAAACAAACAACAAGUGAUAUAACAAUUCCAAACAACAAUAACAAAAUAAUAGCAAAUGUUGAAUAUAUAUCGGAAAUAUCUUUGGUAAAUAAUACAACAGGGCCAAAACCCAUAGCUGUUGAAAGACGUCUUAAUAAGCCUCCAUCAGGACCACGUCCAGCUUCUCUGGUCAUCACGAAAAAUGACAAGAAGUCUGGACAAUAUAGAUACAAAAUGACACGUUCCUCGUCUGUUGAUUAUGAAGAUAUCGAAGGUCAACAUCAAACAAAUAAUGCCAACAAACUGACAUCUGAACAAAUGCAAGAAGAUGAAUCGGCGCCUUUAGUAUUCACAGUGCACAAAUGAUCCAUCGUUUGUACAUUCACAAAUGUGUUGUGUCUCCAAUAGUUUAUUAACAAUAUUUUUAGCUUUAAGCGAGUGUAAUGUGCAUAUUUAAUGAAUUUUCAC